GGUAGAUCAUUCGCGGAACAGAUUGCGAUUGAUUCACACCUUUGGAAGAAUGCAGAUGGAGAAGGGGGGAGCAACCUUGGAGGAGGGAUUGGGCGGCGGAGGUGUGGUGACGCAAAGGGGAAAGCUGUGCCGCCGAUGCAAGGAGACCUUCAACUCUUCCUCCAACACGCCCUCCUCCUGUCGGUUCCACCCUUCGUUCUUCGUCUGCCGCAGGCACGACGACCAAAAGAGGUACUACGAACUCCGUCCAGAUGAUCCACCAUAUGCUGCCAAAUUCUACGACUGCUGCGGAGCAGAGGACCCAGAGGCAUUGGGCUGCACCACCGAUUUCCAUGUUUCCUAUGACGACUGAUCUCUCUGCGAGCAAUCUACCCUAUGGCAAGUUUGAUGGUAUGCUAUAUCCUCGUCUAUUAAAGGAAAUGCAGUCACAAUGUACAACCCUCCUCCUUGUGUUUCCUGUUUUGAACGUAAUGGAUCUUUUGAGAAUUUAAUUCUGCUGAUGGUUGUGUAUAGAGUGUCAUUCUAUUCUGCUCGCAUAAAUCCACAAAUUUGUAUUCCUCA